CUUGCAGGUAGAUCUGGCACAGGACAUAAGAAAAGGGAAAACCCUAUAAAAAAAGAAGAAGAAGAAGAAGCUGAACCGGAGACUCUCAUCAUCCGCCUUUUUUAGCCGGAGUUUCAUAUGACUAGUAAGCGAUGCGAGAAAGGUAAAACCUUUCAAUUGAAAUCGAAAAGGUUAAAGCUUUAGUUGUGUGGAUCUUCUCUGUUUGUUUACUCUGUUCUCUCUAUAUGUAUGUAUGGUUUGUUUAUUCUGUUAUUUCCCCCAUGGCUCUGUUCUCUCCAUAUGUAUGGUUAGUUUUAGCCUGAGUUUCAUAACGGAUGCGAGAAAGGGAAAAACAAUCGAAAAGGGACUGGAUCUGUCUGCAUGGAAUCAAAGAAGCUAGAGAUGGGCUCGAGAGAUUUAAUCAGCUGUCUCCCUCGAGAGGUUCUGGUAGAGAUCUUGUCCUUACUUCCAACCAAACUUGCUGCUUCAACCUCUCUUCUCUCGAAAAAGUGGAGGUAUCUGUUUGCACUGGUUCACAGUCUUGAUUUCGAUGAUACUGUCUUGCUGCAACCGCCGCCAGAAGAAGGGAGGGAAGAACUCAAGGAGAGCUUCAGAAACUUUGUGGACAGAAGACUCGCUUUGCAAUGCGGUUGUGGUUCUCGUAUCAAGAAAUUCUCUCUAACAUAUCUCGUUACCAACAACAGCGAUGUGGUUGAUGAGCGUCGCUGGAUAAGCAGUGUCGUUGAGCGUGGUGUUUUGGAAGUGGACGUUACUUUGAGGCCUCGUUGGCUAGGCCCUGUACAUACUGAUGAGGUUCACGGGAACUGCUUUCUUCCUUAUCACCUCUUCAGGAGCAAGACACUGGUUAAGCUGCGUCUGGGAACAGAUACUAAUGUUGGAAAGCUUCCUCCUGAUGUGUUUCUUCCAGCGCUUAAGAGUCUCUUCCUCGAUACCAUCAUGUUUGACGACCAAGAUCUCUCUGAUGUGCUUCUUCCUGGUUGCCCAAUGCUUGAGGAGUUAACUGUUGUUCACAAGACUGAUUUUUAUCCUAAUUACAGGAUAUCGAGUCAGACAAUCAAGAAGCUAACAGUUUUCUAUUGUUAUGAUUUUGGAAUUGAUGAUGGGUCUCGUAUAUCAUUUGACGCCCCAAGUGUUGUCUCUCUCAACUACACUGACUAUGCCUUGUAUGAGUAUCCACUUGUUAACUUGGGAUCCUUAGUCAAAGCUAAGCUGGACAUUUCUUAUUCUAAAACAAAUAUCAAGAGGCCGGAUUUAUCGGGUCUCCUUGUAGGGAUAAGCAACGUGGAGACUCUCCAUCUUUCUCCCGAUUCUACUGAUUUGAUUUCUCGAUGUGUUAAACAUGGACUAGUUUUACCGGUGUUUAACAAUCUGGUUACCUUAUCUUUUGGGAGUAAAAACAAACGUGGUUGGAAACUGCUGCCAUAUCUGCUUAAGCACUCUCCAAAGCUUGAAACAUUAAUCAUCCAGGGUCUGGAUAGUUACACAGGCGAUGUUACCAUUGGUCUGUUCCAAGUCAAGGAGCUGCAUGUUGUUGGUUAUAAAGGAACUGCUAAAGAGCUUCAACACCUGAAGAGUUUGCUUGCAGGAACCGAAUGCAUCCCGAAAAUGCAAGUGGAGUUCCCUGAAGAUGUUGUGGUCGAUGAUGCCAAAAUGAUCCAAACCCGUAGGGAUUUAUUUAUCCUUGUCGGAGUUGUUUCAACCGAUGUCGCUUAUUUCGAGUAGACCUUUGUGUACCAUUAAACCACAUUAUUUAUCGGGAAAAUUACCAAAUAUGACUCACAACUUGAUUUA